GCUGGCGACGCGGGAGCCCAGCAAGCUCCGCAAGGGCUGAGUGGGUCACCGGGGACCCGGCCAGGAGGGACGUCAGGCCGGGAGAGCCCUCACCACCCCCACCCUAAAGCUAGAAGCCUUGCUUGGCAUGUGCACCAUGGCGAGAGGCUAGGCCCCUGCCCAGGAACACGGACUCCAAGCCGCUCUUCAGCGGGACAGGAUGAGAGUAUCAGGUCUGCGCCGCCUCCUGGCCCUCAUUUUUGUCCUAGUCACCGCAUUGGUCUUUGUCCGCAGCUAUAUCAACGUCAACAUGAAAACCAUUCGCCUGCCCCGCUGGAUGGGCUCAGUCCACAAGGAGAAACCUUCACAGCCGGUAAAGACCAAGUGUGGCCUCAGCACAUCCUGCCCAGACCACUCCUUUGCCUUUAAAAUCACCAGCGGGGCCGCCAACGUCGUGGGCCCCUCCAUAUGCUUUGAAGACCAAACGAUCAUGAGUCCUGUGAAAAACAAUGUGGGCAGAGGCCUGAACAUCGCCCUGGUGAACGGAACCACGGGAGUGGUGCUGACACAGAAAUGUUUUGACAUGUACUCUGGAGAUGCUGACGUCCUGGUGAAAUUCCUUAAAGAAAUUCCAGAGGGUACGCUGGUGCUGGUGGCCUCCUACGAUGACCCAGGGACCAAGGUAAAUGAUGACAUCAAGAAGCUCUUCUCCAACUUGGGCAGCACCUACGCAAAGCAGCUGGGCUUCCGUGACAGCUGGGUCUUCUUAGGGGCCAGAGACCUCAAGAACAAAAGCCCCUUUGAGCAGUUCUUAAAGAACAACCCGGAAAACAACAAGUACGAGGGCUGGCCGGAGCUGCUGGAGAUGGGGGGCUGUGUGCCCCGGAAGGUAUAGGAGGGCGGCUGCGGCUCUUCCUAGGCCAGGGCCUGAGGAUGCUCCUGCCUGGCUCGGAGUCAGAGCCCGGGUCGCUGCGAGCUGGACUGGCAGGAGCUGACGGCCAGUGGAGGAGGAGAAGGAAGCGGGAACAGCAGUGUGGAAAGUACUGAGGGUCCUCCAAU